GGAGCUGCAGCAGAACGGCGACAUGGAUGUACUGAAGCAUAAGUGGUGGCCGAAGAAUGGUCAGUGUGACCUUUACUCAUCUGUGGAUACCAAACAGAAAGGAGGUGCCCUGGACAUAAAAAGUUUUGCAGGUGUUUUCUGCAUCCUCGCUGCAGGGAUUGUCCUAUCCUGUUUCAUUGCAAUGUUGGAAACGUGGUGGAAUAAAAGGAAAGGCUCCCGGGUUCCAUCAAAAGAGGACGACAAGGAGAUAGACCUGGAGCACCUCCACAGGCGUGUGAACAGCCUCUGCACAGAUGACGACAGUCCCCAUAAACAGUUCUCCACCUCGUCAAUUGACUUGACCCCACUGGACAUUGACACUUUACCCACACGUCAAGCACUGGAACAAAUCAGUGACUUCAGAAACACUCACAUCACCACAACCACCUUCAUACCAGAACAGAUCCAGACUCUGAGCCGCACGCUGUCUGCUAAAGCUGCUUCAGGUUUCUCCUUCGGCAGUGUGCCCGAGCACCGAACUGGCCCUUUCAGGCACAGAGCACCCAAUGGGGGCUUUUUCAGGAGCCCCAUCAAAACAAUGUCAUCUAUCCCUUACCAACCAACUCCUACUCUGGGGCUGAAUAUUGGUAGUGACCCAGACCGAGGCACCUCCAUCUGAGCAUCAGAACAAGUUUCUUCACUGUUUCUUAUUUAGGACUCCCUUUGCAAGGAGCAGCUGUAAUAUUGUGGGACUAACAUGGA